UUGCAAAACGUUCAAAAUCAUGUCUUACCGUCUCCACUCGUAUUCACCCUUUUUCUUCAUUUUCCCCUUGUUCUUUUCCUCGAUAUCAAUGGCUGUUUUAGAAACUAUAGAUACAAAAUAUCCCGGUUGCCCAUCAUACAAGUGUAGUGGCACCAUAAUCGGAUACCCUUUUUGGGUUAUAUCGAAUCAAACCUACACCGGCCAGUUUUGCGGAUAUCAUGGUCUCGGAAUCAACUGCUCCGACCUAGAAGGAACAGAUCGUCCCACAAUUUAUUUGAAGAAUGAUUUGUAUCAUGUAAGAAACAUAACAAAUACAAGUAUAAUUCUUUCAUAUAACCAUUUUCCCGUCAACAACACUAUUCCUCUUGUUGAUCAGUGUCUGAAGGUGAACCGUACUAUUGAAUUGGAGAAUUUGCCUUUUAAUUUCUCAAACAAUAAUCUGAAUUUAAGUUUUCAUUUUAAUUGCUCUAGACCACCUCCCCCUGAUUACGCAACUCCUAUACCAUGUAUGAAUUCGGUUAGUAAUAGGUCGUACGUUAACGUUAUUCAUGACAAUUACGAAAGGUUUGAUGAUUGGGACUGUAAUGAGAUCGUAACGACUGUGUUCGAUUACGCGACUCUUUGGAAAACAACGUUGUCUUGGAGAGAUUAUGCGAGCGCUUUGAUAUAUGGAUUCGAGCUAAACGGGCAGAGGCCAGACGACGAGGAUUGUGAUAAAUGUGAAGAAUCGGAUGGGCGGUGUGGCUUCAGACAUGCCAAUAAUACCCGCCAGUUUCUGUGUUUUUGCUCCGAUGGUACCAUCACAACCAACAAUCACUGCAAAAAAGGUAACAAAAUUAAUUGGACGCGUAAACUGGCUAUUGGUGUAUCCGGUGUACUAGCAACUCUGUUCAUGGUCGUAGUAUAUUGCAUUAUGAAACCAUCAUCAACAAAUUGUGUUGCAGCAUUCAAGCACAAAACCGAGGAUCACAAAAGUGUUGAGGCCUUUGUUUUACACUAUGGAUCCUUAACUACAAAAAGGUACAAGUAUGUUGAUAUCAAGAAAAUGACAAGCUCAUUCCAAGUCAAAUUAGGACAAGGAGGUUUCGGAACAGUUUUUAAAGGUAAGCUAUCUGAUGGCCGUCUGGUCGCAGUAAAAGUUCUAAACUCAUCCAAAGCAAGCGGACAAGAAUUCAUAAACGAAGUUGCAAGCAUUGGUAGGACUUCUCAUGUAAACAUCGUCAGUCUCAUUGGAUUUUGUUUCGAAUAUGAAAAAAGAGCUCUUGUAUACGAGUUCAUGCCAAAUGGAUCGUUAGAGAAGUUUAUACAUAGUCAUGUUUCUAUCAAGACAAGCGAUCAACAAAUGAGAGUAGAUAAGUUGUACAAGAUAGCACUUGGAAUUGCACGAGGACUUGAUUACUUGCACCGUGGAUGCAAUACUCGUAUAUUGCAUCUGGAUAUAAAGCCUCAUAACAUCCUCCUUGAUGAAGAUUUCUGCCCAAAAAUAGCAGAUUUUGGGCUUGCUAAAUUGCACUCAAGGAAAGACAGUAUAGUUUCUAUGUUGGAGGCGAGAGGCACCAUUGGAUAUAUUGCCCCUGAAGUUUUUAACAGAAACUUUGGAGGAGUGUCCCAUAAAUCCGAUGUGUAUAGUUACGGGAUGCUAAUACUAGAAAUGGUUGGGGGAAGAAAAAAUGUGGAUGCUGGUGUUGGUUCUGGACAUACUAGCGAGAUAUAUUUUCCUUAUUGGAUUUACAGUCGUCUUAAAAGUGAUGAAUACCUCUUAGAUAGUAUAACUACUGCUGAGGAAAACGAUCAUGCAAGAAAGAUGACAAUAGUUGGGUUAUGGUGCAUACAAACUGACCCAAAUCAAAGACCAUCCAUUAAUGAAGCGAUUGAAAUGUUAGAGGGAAGCAUGGACGCAUUGAGAGUUCCCCCAAGACCGUGCUUUUCUUCCCCUCCACGAUUACCAGCUAGCACACUAAACACAUCAGAACUCGAGUCAGGAAGCAACCUAGACCCGAAUUACAGUUGAUCGAGAAGUACAACUUUUCAUGUUAAGUUUCUAAUUAAUAUAUGUAAGUUAAGCGUCUUUCUGUUAGCUUUCUUUUUGGUUGUAUAUGUUUGGAUUUAUAGCUAUAUAUUAUCAGA